GAGAGAGAGAGAGAGAGAGGCAGAUCACUUGCCUUCUAUUUUAUUUUACCAAAACACCCAUAAAAGUAGCAUUUAAUAAGGACAAAAUGAUCUGCACAGAAAAAUCAACACCGUUCAUAUCCGCUUUAUAUAAAGUAUACACUGCAUUCCCAAAUCACUACCUGCUUUCCAAAUACAUAAACAUUGAUCGAAUUUCAGCAACCAAGCCCAGUCGCCAAAGGAGUAUGGGACUCCCAACCACCACGACACCCUCUCCACGUGCCAAGACUCCCCGGUUGCCACGUGAUUUGCUGCCCUACUCCUACCACGUUAGAUGCGUCGAACCCCUAACAAAUUCAUUCGGUCUUAUUUUUUUUGGUCUGUUUGGUGUUCCCCUCUUCGCUGCGCGCGUAUAUAACCCUUCCGCGCAUUAUUAUCAACCAACCAUAACCCAUUUCCUUCACGAAUUUCCAAAGCAAUUAAUUAUUAAGGAUGGUAUCGUCGGUGGAAGGCGAGACCGUGUGCGUUACCGGCGCCGCCGGCUUCAUCGGAUCCUGGCUCGUCAUGCGACUCCUCGAGCACGGCUACGUCGUCCGAGCCACCGUCCGUGACCCUGGGAACAUGAAGAAGGUGAAGCACUUGCUGGAACUGCCGAAAGCGACGACCCACCUGACGCUGUGGAAGGCGGACCUGGCGGAGGAGGGCAGCUUCGACGAGGCCAUCAGUGGCUGCGCCGGCGUCUUCCACGUGGCCACCCCCAUGGAUUUCGAGUCCAAGGAUCCCGAGAAUGAAGUGAUAAAGCCAACAAUAGAAGGGAUGAUAGGGAUAAUGAAAUCUUGCCUGAAGGCCAAAACGGUGAGAAGGCUGGUGUUUACUUCUUCAGCAGGAACCGUCAACAUUCAAGAACACCAGCAGCCUGUGUAUGAUGAAACCUGCUGGAGCGACAUGGAGUUUUGCCGCUCUAAAAAAAUGACUGGCUGGAUGUAUUUCGUGUCGAAGACGCUGGCGGAGCAAGCGGCAUGGGACUUUGCCAAAGAGCACAACAUUGAUUUUAUAAGCAUCAUUCCGACUCUAGUAGUCGGCCCCUUUCUCAUGUCCUCCAUGCCGCCCAGCCUCAUUACUGCCCUUGCUCCCAUCACCCCAGGGAAUGAAGCUCACUAUUCAAUUAUAAGGCAAGGGCAGUUUGUGCAUUUGGAUGACCUGUGCAAUGCUCACAUAUAUUUGUAUGAACAUCCCAAAGCAGAGGGUCGCUACAUUUGCUCCUCCCACGAUGCCACCAUUUUUCAUCUCGCCAAAAUGCUCAGCCAAAAAUAUCCCGAGUAUAAUGUCCCCACCACGUUCAAAGAUGUGGAUGAGAACUUGAAGGUAGUGUCAUUCUCCUCUAAGAAGCUGAUAGAGUCAGGGUUCCAAUUCAAGUAUAGUUUGGAGGAUAUGUUCACCGGAGCUGUUGAAACUUGCCGAGCCAAGGGAUUGCUUCCUCCCUCUGCUGAAAACCAAGACAAUGGCACAAGCCUACAGGACCAUUGAUUAAUGUCCAACUUUGCUUUUAUGCACUUGUCUUUUGAAAUCUUCCUCAAAAUGUUUGCUUGGCUCAAAAUGUUUGCUUGGCUUUAAGGGCGUAUGAAUAAUCUCUCAUUGUGGAAAUGGGUUUGUUAGGGUUGCCCUAGCUUUUGGGCUGCCCACUUUUUUUUUUCCUUAAAUUUGUAUCCUCCAACCAAAAAUCGUAAUAAUAAUAAUAAUAAUAAAUCAAUCAAAUUGUUCUUCUGCA